UCUUCAAUACACCAUUAAUACAAUGUUCCCUUAAAACCCUACAUGCAUUCUUCCAUGUGUCCCACCCCAUAUCAGUUCUAUAAACUCCUAUACCCAAUUAUCUUCACACCCCAAAAGCCCAACUCCCCUCCUUUUCACCCCUCACACCAAGCCUUGUUUUUUGGUUAUCUUGAGUGGCCCUAUUCCAUAAUCUCUUGAUAUGGCCUCUGGAGCUGGCUCUCCCUGCGGUGCAUGCAAGUUCCUCCGCCGGAAGUGUGCAUCAGACUGCAUCUUUGCUCCAUAUUUCAACUCUGACCAAGGCCCGGCCCGGUUUGCAGCAAUCCACAAGAUAUUCGGUGCCAGCAAUGUGUCCAAGCUCUUGUUGCAUGUACCUCUGCUUGACCGAUGUGAAGCUGUUGUUACUAUCGCUUAUGAGGCCCAGGCCAGGAUCAGAGACCCUGUCUAUGGUUGUGUUGCGCACAUCUUUGCUCUCCAACAACAGGUAGCAAUCUUGCAAGCACAGCUAAUGCAACUGAAAGCUCAGUUGGCUCAUAGCAUUGCAGGGUCACAAUUGUCAGGUGAUCAGUGGCAAGGGAACAUCGCCGAUCCACUUCUCCAAUCAUACUCAAAUAUGCAGACUAUGUAUCCCAAGAGGUCUUUUGAUUGCGUGGAUUAUAGUUCAGGUGGACUGGCUAUGCAAGAGAUGGGCUCUAAGGAGGAUCUUCCUACCCAGCAUUGCACCAGGAGGAGGGCACCACACAAUGAGUUAGGGGAGCUUCAAGCUUUGGCUCUGAGGAUGAUGGGGAGCUGAUCCUCUUUCGCAUGAUGCGAUAAGAAUUGCUUACUGCUUGAUGUAUAUAAAUCUUAAGUAGUAUAGGGUGGUUUGAAUGUAGAAUCUAAUGUUACAGUUAAAAUAUCUGCCAACCUUCAAAGCUCCUUGUUCUCAACUUUCCAAUAAUAGGUCUAUUAGUUGGCUCGGCAUAAAUGGGGCCUUCAAA